CACACCUCCUCUACCGACCACCAGACCCAACAUCCUGCCUGAGCCUCAUCGCCUGUGCAAAUCCGCCCUCCCCUCCUCGUGCUCCCGCGCCAGUGCACCUACGCUCUUCGCUGCGUGCGCCGCUCGAGUCCAUGCGCAACACUUCCCACCUCCUCUCCUCCCCACCCUAUGCGACAAGUAGCGACGAGGCAUACCAACACCAUUGUAACUGCCGAAUGAUGCGCCCGAAUCCCACAAAUCUCGCCCACUGGAGCGAUUAGGUCUGCGACAAACGAACAGCGCCAGGCGCACUCUUGGAACACACGGGUGUACGAUUGAUGUACAGAUUGGCGAAGGAGAGCAGCAUUGAGAAGGGAGACUCAUGUGGGACGAGCAACAGAGCGGACGUGCUGGCAGGACGGCAAUCAUACGGGACGAUCCCACUUAAUACAAUACCAUGGCGUACUAUCAGGCAGGACAGUACCAGCAGCAGCAGCAGCAGCAACCUCCGCCGCCGCCUCCACAAUCGCAACCACCUGCGCAGCAGCAAGGAUAUCACUACCCGUACGACGAAUACGAGCAGCCCGCGCUGAAUGGAGCGUACGAUGGCCGACGAGCCCCGCCGAUACUGCCCCCGCGAGACCCGCCCCACUAUCAGUAUCCGCGUCAGACCCAGACGGGCUACAGUCAAUAUCCCCCAACCGGAGGAGGAGGAGUAGGGGGAGGAGGCGGCGGCGGCGGCGGCGGCGGAGAAGGAGGGGGACCGGUGCAGCAACCACAAACUGCUGCAGGAUAUGCCUACCAGCAGGAGCCCUAUCAGUCGCCCAGGAGCACUUCCUUCAGCUACGUGCAGCAGCCUGCCUAUAGUCAGCAGUAUAAUCCGCAAGACUAUGUCCAGCCUGCGCAACGUCGGCCCUCACAACAGCAAUCCCAGUCGACAUAUAAUCCCGCUGCCUAUGCCAGCAGCCUGGGACCGCAGAGCCCAUACACUCAGCAGUACAGCCCUGCCGUAUAUCAAGAGUCGACUCUCAGCAGCACGAGUGGACCAGUAGAUCCAUAUGCAUAUUCGCCUGCUCAGUAUUCCAACUCCAGCACCUUUUCCCCACACCCGUCUCAGAGUCAAUUCGGGCAGUCUCCGCACGUGCCUUGGAGUCCCCAGACCCACCAGCCAUACAGUCCUCAACCCCCUUCGCACCAAUAUGGCUACUCGCAAAGCCCACCUCCCCCUCCUCCACCUUCGCACUCCUCUUACUCGGGAUAUGGCUAUUCGCAGGCUUCGGCAGGAGCACCGCCCCCUGCCCCCUACCCGACUGCUGAUUUCCCUCCCCAUUCUGGCCCUCUAGACUCGCAAAUGCCUCCGAUAACGAUGCCUACCGCGAUGCCCAGCGCGAGACCUGAUGAGACCUGGUUGCCGUCACCACCCAUUCUGGGUGGCUCCGAUUCUCGCUACUCUGUUUCUCCUCAGCGUCCAAGCGAGGGAAGGCCCUCUCCCCCAGGCGUCACGUCUGGGCCGACUCCGCCUGCCCAUGCGCCCACCAGGGCAGAUACGUUGAAUAGGCAUCCACACGAACGGCCUUUGCCCUCUCGUCCGAGUGCGAAUGCGGAGCACCACUACUUUCAGCCGGACCCAAUAUCUCGGACGCAGACUGGAUUCAGCAGCCAUGACGAAGGCAUCGACCAGACGCAAGACGAGUUGUUUGACGAAGUCAUGAAUAUGACGACCGGGAACGCAUCACUCGGCAAUCGAAGCCCGUCGAUCGCGAUCAGCCAAGCUCCUUUCCAGCCUCCGUCAACCAGCGCCUUAUCGUUGAACACGCGGCAGGACAGUAGAGCGUCACGAAACGGAGGCAACCAGAAUGGGCGCCUAUCUCCGUCCGUGACACAAUAUGUCGCUGAUUCCUAUGGGAGCGACAGCGAUGUCGAGGCCGCUCAGGGCUUGGCGAUGAUGAGAAUGGCAGAAGAGGAGGAAUCGAGGAGGCAGAGCAGUGGCAGCCAGGCGCGCUUCAAUGGCUUGAGCUCCCAGCGCGAUUCUCGUCACCAGCAACCCGAUGCUAGCGACAGUAGUGAUGAUCUCGCAGGUGUCGACAUGACCACGUUCGGCGGCGGCUACGAUGUGCACUUGUCCUAUGGUGGCGAUCCCAACCAAUUGGCUGCUGGUGGUGAGCUUAACGAUACUACGAGCCAUCACAGUCAGGGCGUUUCAAGCCAGCAAAGCUCCAUGCGACGAUCUCACGCUUCACAAGCUUCCAGCCGCGGAGACUACAGCUACCGCACAGACUCUCUCCGGCAUUACAAUCCGCAAGCUCGCGUGGAGGUAGGCGGCACUGGUGGACUAUCUGAACCGACUGCAGAUGGGCGACGCCAGAGCUACGACGAAGGCGACGAAUAUUCGUUCAUGGAAGGACAGGUCCCCGACCGGUUCCCCGAUGAGCCACCAGAUAUUGGGUUUCAAGAAGCCAGCACAGCAUACCCAUCGAGACCUCUACCCGCAGUGCCAUAUACCGAGGACGAUAUUUCGCCACUGACCGAGCGCAAAGCGUUGCCACCAUUGCCCGGGCCAGGGCAGCCGCCAUAUACUCCAGAUGCAUAUCCCGGCGCUGCCGCACAGAGCCUCUAUGUGCCGCGCUCCACGUCUCUCCUCAGCCACAGUACUACGCCUCUAGUGACCCAACCUCUGCGGUCGAAGACGGAUGCAGAAGAAAGACGACUUCGUCAGCAGCAAGCUCGAGCAUCGGGCUACAGCUCGGAGCAGACGACACCUGCCAGUGGUAGCAUGCUUGUCGAUCUUCCAGCUAUUGGCAAGCGUUUCACCGCGGCCAAGCUCGGUGCCCCGGACUUCAGGAAAUGUGAGGAGCCGUGGGCACUGACUUCGCUGUUGAAAUGGCUGCUGCAAGUCACCAGUCCGGAACAGAAUACGGAGCUCAAAGAAGCAGAUAUCAAAGAAGCUCUGGUCGCUCUGUUCACCAGCAAGGUGCCUACCAUGAACAUUGCAGAUGCGGAGGCGUUGAGCGAUCGAAUCGUGGAGGACAUGUACAAAGCGAGCGUUCUCGUGUCGACCGAAGAGUGGGUCAAGCUGAUACCGGGACCAUUCUCUGGUGUCGUAUUUCAACUCACGCGAUCCGGCUGCUAUUCGCCUCGAGUGCAUGACCAUGUCAUACCCAACACGCGAUGUUACUCUCAUCUCUGCCAGAGGACAUUGAAAAAAAUUAACCUACAGGCGGCGCCUUCAGCAACGCUGGCAAGCUGGGCAGAGUACUACAAGCUCAGGAAAGAGGAUCUCGAGAGUCGUGAUAAGAACGAGAUUGAGAGGCAAAACAUUCUCCAUGAAAUUGUGUACACCGAGGAGGUUUUUAUGCAGAACCUCGAUGUCCUUCGCGUACUGUAUCGAGACCAGCUCAUUCGUGUCGAACCUUCGGUCAUCACGCCCAAGCGAAAGGACGGAUUCAUCAGAGCCGUGUUCGGCAGAGUGGAUACCGUCCGACAGUCGAACGAAGAGCAUCUGCUGCCUCAGUUGAAAUAUCGACAAAAUGAGCAGGGCCCCUGGAUCAAAGGCUACAGUGAUAUCUUCCGGCAAUGGACACGCAUGGCAAAAGCGGCAUACGUGAAUUAUGCAACGGAUUUCUCGAGGGCAGAUCAUCUGGUCCGCACGGAGAUGGAGCGUAACCUCGAAUUUCGAAACUUUGUAGAGCGGUGCAGAGCCGAUCCAAGGUCUAACAGACUGCCUCUGGACAGCUUCUUGAAGUCGCCCAUCACUCGACUUCAGCGAUAUGCCCUGCUCUUGCAGACCGUCCUCAAGACGAUGCGCGAGGAGACCCCGGAAAAAGCAAACUUGCAAGUAGCACUGCAAGAAGUCAAAGCAGUAGCGACGGAAUGUGAUCUUCGCGUCGCGGAGAUGCAGAGGAAGAUUGAUCUCCAAGAUCUGGAGUCGAAGCUUGUCCUGCGUCCAGGGAUGCAAAAAGAGGUCGAGCUCAAUCUCGAUCACUUUGGGCGUUCUCUCAUUCACCGCGGCGACCUGCAGCGGAUGGGUAGCAGCAGAUUCAACUGGCUUGACUGUCAUGUUCUCCUCUUCGACCACUACCUCGUUCUGACCAAGACAGUCGUGCAGCGAGUCGGCGAAGGAGGCAAGAUUGAAAAGUAUGAUGUCUCCAGGCUGCCGAUACCGAUGGAUUUACUCGUCAUCGAUAGCGCCAAUGAUGCGCCUGUGCAGAAGUCGAGCUAUGUCAAAGGCAUCACUUCGGUCAGAGAGGCGACGGGUAGAGGCCCCAGCGAUCCGAUGACGCUCGCUCGCGUCGCUACCAACACACCCAUGCCAGGUUUGCAGCACGUCAAUACGGGAGCCUCGGUCAAUUCGUUGCAUGCUGUGACUUCCCUGGGGGAUGGCAAAGACGACAAGAUCCUCUAUCCCUUCCGCGUCAAGCAUCUGGGCAAGGACGUAUAUACACUAUUUGCAGCGACAGAACAGUCCAGGCGGGACUGGUGUACCAAGAUCAUCGAGGCCAAGACCAAGCAUGCGGCAGCAUUGCAUGCGCAAAAUGCAGAGCCGUUCCGCUUACGGGUCAUGGCAGACUCUGCAUUCGUGUAUGAUGCAUUCGGUGGCAGCGGCAGGGGAGUGACGAUUAAGAAUACUCCACUCGAUCGUGCCAUCAAGGAGGUCGAGCUUCGAUUCAAGGAUACAGGUCGACCUGGACCGAUUUGCAGAGCACGAGUCAAUUGCGCAACCAGUUUUACCACGCCGCAUCCGAGCACGCAAAUGAUAGCGGUUGGAACAGAUUAUGGUGUCUUUGUCAGCGAGCUUGACAACCCUCGCGGGUGGACCAAGGCCAUCAACAUGCAACGCGUCUCUCAAAUUGCAGUGCUCGAAGAGUUCAAUUUGUUCCUCCUCAUCGCUGACAAGUCACUCCUAGCAUACCACCUCGACGUGAUAUGUCCAACUGCACACAAUGGACCCACACCAACCCACGACUCUGCACGCAAAGCACCACAAAAGCUCUCCGGAUCCAAAGACGUCGGCUUCUUUUGCACCGGCAAGAUGAAAGACCGGACGUUAGUCUUUUACAAAAAACGCGAAAACCUCAACUCGGUCUUCAAAGUGCUCGAACCCGUCUACCAAAAAUCCAGCGAGAAGAAAGGCGGGCACCGGCUCGCUGGUGCCGGUCUCUUCAAACGCGGCAACACGGAGUUCUUUCGAGAAUACGACGAAUUCUACAUUCCCGCCGAAUGCAUUGGCAUGUCACUCUUCCAGUCCAGCCUCUCGGUCAGCACCGCGCGCGGCUUCGAAGUAUUGACACUCGAUAAGAAACAGCCGUGGAGCGUGCCCGAUCUCAAUGCCGAACAUGUGCAAAACAUUGCAACGCACGUGAAAGAUCAACGUGCAUUGCGGAUGUUGCGGUUGAGUGAGCAGGAAUUCUUGUUAGUGUACACGAACUGUGCGGUGUACAUCAACAAGCAUGGGGAUGUUUCGAGGAGUGUCAUUAUGCGAUUUGUGGGGAGUGCGAAUUCGGCAGCGUUGUACGGGCCGUAUCUGGUGCUGUUUGAUGAUGAUUUUGUGGAGAUUCGCAAUGCGAUGAAUGGGAGGUUGAAGCAGAUUAUUGCGGGCCGGGAGGUGAAGUGUUUGGAUGAUGGAACGAAUUGGUCAUCGUCGUGGAGUGGUGGUGGUGGCGGUGUGGGAGACGUCAAGAGCAAUGGUAUUGGGAGAGGAGGAGGCGACGAAGGUCGGACGCUGAAAUUGGUCAUGCAGCAUCCUGAGGUGGAGAGGACGCAGAUUGUGGUGGAGUUGUUGUUGAAUGAAAAUAUGAAGGAAUAAGGAGGAGAGAGAGAGAGAGAGAGAGAGAGAGAGAGCCUUUUCGGGCCACGAAAUAUAUGUCUGUUUUGUUGAUGACGAGAUUUGGGACGCGAUUGUUUCUAUUUUAUGUUCAUCGCG